AUGCUCGCUGCCAUGACCCCCAAUUUCAAAUUCUUCACCUAUGUCAAAGCCUUGAAUCCUGGCGUGUUUGAGCAGACCGGCUCGAAGUAUGGAGAUUAUCGAGCCUUUAUCUAUCAAGCUCUAACUUCGGGUCCAAAGAUCUUUGCAUCGUUUCUCUCCACCUUAUUGGGCCUAAAUCUGGUGUCUUGCGGAUGCAAACUAGCCACACAAUUCCUGCACGCAAGUGGAGAAUGA